AUGGCACCCCGCACACACAGCCGUACUCGCGUGACCGGAUCCAGCGAAAGGAGGAAGGAAGGAAGAGAGAGUGAGCUGCAGAGGCCCAACAUGUCCCGGCAUCUCUUCUGCUCUGCGGUGCUGCUUCUCGUCGUCGUGUUAUGCGGCACCAGUGGCGCUGCGCACGCUGUGCAGACGAAGACUGACGUUGAUCCAUUCACAGGGAUCGGAUGGACAUCCUCUCAAUGGGAAGCCCCUACAAAAGUUAAUGAAACAUUAUUCUCGCUCCGCGUUCCCAGCCUUGUUGAGGUGAACAAUAACGUGUUCUUCGUUGCUGAAGCGCUGUGCAAGGAAAAAGGAGAAAGCUGCAGCCGUGCUGGGAUUGCGUCAAGGCACCUCGAUCUAACUGAUGAUAAGCCAACGGAGAUAUUGACGCAGGACACAAGUUUGGUGGUGCAGUUUCCAGAGGGUGUUGCGACGGGUGCCGUCGAGGCAAAAGACACAAUGCGGCCAACGACAGUUGUGGCUGGCGACAGUGUCUACAUGCUUCUGAGAAAUCAGAGCGUUACACCGUCGGUGGAUAAAUUGGCUAAUGCACGUGACUGGGGACUUUUGCUGGUAAAGGGAAGCGUCAGUGGUGGCAAUGAAAUCACGUGGAAGGAGACCCAUGCGGUGACGUUUGGAAACGAUGAAUAUGUUGCUAAAUUUUCGACCCAGUUGGUUUCUGGCGGAGGGUCGGGGAUUAAGACGAAGGACGGUACGCUCAUGUUUCCCAUGCAGGCCACAGAGAAAGGAACGACUUCAUUGCUGUCCAUGCGCUUUGAUAAUUCAGAGAAUAAAUGGAAGCUUUCGCGCAAAACGGUUGGUGAUGGCUGCAGGGAUCCGACCAUCGUGGAGUGGGGAGAAGAAAACAGACUCCUCAUGAUGGCUUCUUGUGAGCAAGGGUUACCGUGA